CACUGGCUUCACCUCUGCCACCUCCAUCGCCGCUGAACAACCACCACUUAAACACCUCCAUUUUCUCUUCGAUUGCUAUCUGGGUCACCUGUACGGUCACACAUUUCUGGGUUUUCCCCCUUUUUCCUACUUCAUUCCGUUUAAUCGCUCUGCAAAACGAAGCUUUUCGGCCAUGGCGUUUUGUGCCUUUGCAUUCCCUGGACAGGUGGUGAAUCACCGUUCACUUACUUCGCAUGCUCCUGAGUUUCGACAUUGUUUAUUCGGAACGGAUCUGCAACACACUCAAUCUUCACACAAGCCCUUCAAUCAGGCAAGUAAAAGACCAGGUGGGCUUCAAGCGACACUCUCGGAGAGAGGUGAGUAUUACUCACAGAGACCUCCUACUCCUCUUUUGGACACAAUCAACUACCCAAUUCACAUGAAAAAUCUCUCCAUUAAGGAAUUGAAGCAACUAGCUGAUGAGCUUCGAUCUGAUGUGAUCUUCAAUGUUUCUAAGACGGGUGGUCAUUUGGGUUCGAGCCUUGGUGUUGUGGAGCUCACGGUGGCACUUCAUUAUGUGUUCAACACUCCUCAAGAUAAGAUUCUUUGGGAUGUUGGUCAUCAGUCUUACCCACAUAAAAUCUUGACCGGAAGAAGAGACCGAAUGCACACAAUUAGACAGACAAACGGGUUGGCAGGGUUCACCAAACGGUCUGAAAGUGAGCAUGAUUGCUUCGGCACAGGGCACAGCUCAACCACCAUUUCAGCAGGUUUAGGGAUGGCUGUGGGAAGGGAUUUAAAGGGAGGAACAAACGAUGUAGUUGCUAUCAUAGGUGAUGGUGCUAUGACCGCCGGUCAAGCUUAUGAAGCCAUGAAUAAUGCUGGUUACUUAGAUUCCGAUAUGAUCGUGAUCCUUAACGACAAUAAACAAGUCUCGUUACCUACUGCCAAUCUCGAUGGCCCAAUACCUCCCGUUGGAGCUUUGAGUAGCGCUCUUAGUCGGUUGCAAUCUAACCGGCCUCUUAGGGAACUACGUGAAGUUGCCAAGGAAGUUACCAAGCAGAUCGGUGGCCCGAUGCACGAAAUUGCUGCUAAGGUUGAUGAGUAUGCUCGUGGUAUGAUUAGUGGUUCGGGAUCGACAUUAUUUGAAGAACUCGGUCUAUAUUACAUUGGUCCUGUUGAUGGUCACAGCAUCGAUGAUCUUGUCGCCAUUCUCCAAGAGGUUAAGAGUACUAAAACAACCGGUCCGGUCCUGAUUCACGUAAUCACCGAGAAAGGUCGAGGAUACCCGUAUGCAGAAAAAGCUGCGGACAAGUACCAUGGUGUGGCCAAGUUUGAUCCGGCGACCGGGACGCAAUACAAGUCGAGCGCUCCGACUCAGUCCUACACGACUUACUUCGCGGAGGCGUUGAUUGCUGAAGCGGAGGCGGAUAAUAAGAUCGUUGGAAUCCAUGCUGCGAUGGGCGGUGGAACAGGAAUGAAUCUAUUCCUUCGCCGGUUCCCGAGUCGGUGCUUCGACGUCGGGAUUGCGGAACAGCAUGCCGUUACCUUCGCUGCUGGAUUGGCUUGUGAAGGCCUUAAGCCUUUUUGUGCGAUUUACUCGUCGUUCUUGCAAAGGGGUUACGAUCAGGUGGUUCAUGAUGUAGAUUUGCAGAAGCUGCCGGUGAGAUUUGCGAUGGACCGAGCGGGGCUUGUUGGGGCGGACGGGCCCACACAUUCAGGUUCGUUUGAUGUCACAUUUAUGGCAUGUCUCCCGAACAUGGUGGUGAUGGCUCCUUCCGAUGAGGCCGAGCUUUUUCACAUGGUUGCAACCGCUGCUGCCAUUGAUGACCGACCUAGCUGUUUCAGAUACCCACGAGGAAACGGGAUCGGCGUGCCAUUGCCGCCUGGCAACAAAGGCAUUCCUCUCGAGAUUGGGAAAGGUCGAAUAAUGAUCGAAGGGCAGCAAGUAGCCCUCCUAGGCUACGGAUCGGCUGUUCAGAGUUGCAUGGCUGCAGCUGCUUUAGUACAAGAACGUGGUUUAAACAUAACCGUUGCCGAUGCCCGUUUCUGUAAACCAUUGGAUCAUGCUCUUAUCCGGACCCUUGCAAAGUCGCAUGACGUCUUGAUCACCGUUGAAGAAGGAUCGAUCGGUGGGUUUGGCUCUCAUGUCGCACAUUUCAUGGCAUUAGACGGCCUUCUUGACGGAAGCUUGAAGUGGAGGCCGUUGGUGCUUCCGGACCGUUACAUUGACCAUGGAGCGCCUGACGACCAAUUAGCCGACGCUGGGUUGACUCCAUCGCAUAUAGCUGCAACCGUAUUCAACGUACUCGGGCAAACACGACAGGCUCUAGAGGUUAUGUCAUAGAGGAUUCCCGUGUGCUCAUCGGUGUAUAAAUACAAAAAAUAGAUAUUUAUCUGCAUAGAUACAGAGAAGUUGUUGUUAGACCCUCCCUUUGUGUGGUAUAUACCGGUCUGUUUUGUUAUAUAUAGCAACUUCUAACAAGAUUAGAUAGUUUUAGGUUAAAUCGUUCGAAAACAAAUGUUUAUUCGGUCGGUUAAAUCGGUUGUUUCGUUGUUUCU